CGCAAUACCUUGCCCUACGCGGUUGCUACUUCGAGCUCCACUUCGACUUCGAAUUCUAUCACCAUGGCCGAUACCGCUGCCGCUGUUGCUGCUCCUGCCCCAGCUCCCGCCAAGAAGGCAACAAAGAAGGCCGCUGCCAAGCCCAAGAAGGCAUCGACUCACCCUAAAUACUCUGAGAUGAUUGUGGCUGCCAUCACAUCGCUCAAGGACCGUACUGGAUCUUCCAGCGUCGCAAUCAAGAAGUACAUUGUUGCCAACUACAAGGUUGAUGAGAAGACUAUUGGUCCUCAGGUUCGUUUGGGCCUCAAGAGAGGAGUCACCUCAGGGCUCCUGAAGCAGGUUAAAGGAACGGGUGCCACCGGUUCCUUCAAAGUUGCCGAGAAAGCCGCGAAACCUAAGGCAGCUGCUGCGAAAGCACCCAAGAAGGCCGCGAAGAAGCCUGCUACUCCCAAGAAGGCCGCGAAAUCUCCCAAGAAGACCGCUAAGAAAACCGCCACAAAGAAGCCAGCUGCCAAGAAGACCCCUAAGAAGUCUACCAAGAAGGUCGCCAAAUCUCCCGCUACCAAGAAGCCCAAGGCAAAGAAGGUCAAGAAGCCUGCCACGAAGAAGGCUGCACCCAAGAAGUAAUAAUAUAAUUCCAUAUGGUAUUUAAUAAGUCAUUCAUUGUAAAUACGCAUUGUAGAGAAUAAGUUGCCUUCACCGUGUCAUCAUCGCCGUCUAUGUUAAAUACGUUGUACCUGAUAAAUAUAAUUAUCUAUACGUA